AUGCAGGGAUCAAAGCUGGAAAUACCUCUGUGGCUUGCUAAAGGUCUGCAUGACAGCAAAAGAAGAAUCAUUUCUGUGGAACUGCCCAAGAUUUACAAGGAAGCCUGGAGGACAGUGUUCAGCGCUGAUGCCAAUGUGGUUGAUCUGCAUAAAAUGGGGCCAUACUACUAUGGAUUUGGCUCCCAGCUCCUGAAUUUUGACAAUCCGGAGAAUCCUGAGAUAGCUCAGACUAUCCUGCAGACAUUUAUUAACCGUUUUCGCCGCAUCAUGGACUCCUCUCAGAACGCCUAUAACGAAGACACAUCAGCACUGGUGGCUCGGCUGGAUGAACUGGAGCGAGCUUUAUUUCAAGCUGGCCAGAAAGGACUGAAUGACUUCCAGUGUUGGGAGAAGGGACAGGCUUCUCAAAUCACAGCCUCCAAUCUGGUACAGAAUUAUGGGAAAAGAAAGUUCGCAGAUGUAGAUGGUUAA